AUGACCUCAUCUCUUCCCAACGUCAACGACCCCUCCGUCGUCCUCAUCAACGCAACUCCCGACGAGCAGCGCCAAAUAUGGCGUGCCACCCAUCCAUCCUGGGGGCCUGGGCUCACGCUGGAUCAGUAUCUUGACCGCGAGGCGUACCUGCUCACGACGGCCCUCGCCAAAGACGGUGGCCUGACGCAGUGGAUUCUCACAGACUCGUCGGCGGCGGCGAGCUCGCGGCCCGUCCUCUCCAGCUGCGAGACCAUCCGGAAGCGCGCCAUCGUCGCCGACCCCAGCGGCGCCCUCGCCGACGUCACGGCCCACGGCGUGGCCAGCGUCUUCACGGACCCCGAGUACCGCUCCCGCGGCUACGCGGGGAAGAUGAUGGCCCUGCUCGGCGAGGAGCUCGUCCGUCAGGAGGAUGCCGCCCCGGGCGCGGCGCGCUUCUCUGUGCUCUUCUCCGACAUUGGGCCCAAGUUCUACGCAAACCACCAGUGGGUGCCCAUCGGCAACUCUCAUCUCGAGUUCCCCGUCACGGGGCCGCCUGCCACCAUGCCCGCCAACGUCACGGAGCUCAACGACGGACACCUCGCGGCGCUGGCGACCCGCGACGAGCAGCUCCUCCCCAUUCUCCCAGACUUCAAAACCCUGGACUGGCAGUACCGCCGCGAGGACCACAUGCUGCGACAUUUUCUCGGCCGCGCGCCCAGCGUCCGCGGCGCGCUGUACAUGCCGCCUGGCGAGCGCGGGGCAGAGCGUCGUAUCUGGGGUCUUUGGGUGCGCUCGCGCUACGGCGGCGCUGACGGCCACCCGGUCGUGACCGUCCUCCACUUUCUGCGCCUUGUCGUCGAGGAUGAGGCCGCCACCACGGACGAGGAACUUGCGGUGGCACUGGAGGGCAUCAUGGCGGUGGCACAGCGCGAAGCGGCCGCUGCCGACUGCAAAAGCAUCGAGAUGUGGAAUCCGCCUACAAGGGUACUUGCUGCGUUCAAUGAUAAGCUGACGCAACUCGACGGCAAGAUUGUGGAGCGCGACACGAGUAACCUCGCCAGCUUGCGAUGGUUCGGCGCCGGCUCUGCUGACAACAUUGAUUGGGUUGCCAACGAAAAGUUUGAGUGGUGCUGA